AUGUUGUGGACAAUCAAUGAUUUUCCUGCUUAUGGUAUUUUAUCUUGUUGGAGCACUAAAGGUAAAUUAGUUUGUCCAGUUUGUCAUGUGCAUACUUGUUCUUCUUACUUGAAACUUGGUCGAAAGCAAUGUUAUAUGGGUCAUCGUAGUUUUUUGGAGAUGAAUCAUCCUUAUCGUCGAAAUAAAAGUUUUUUCGAUAAUACAAAGGAAGAAAGAAUUGCACCACAUGCUUUGAAUGGUGAAGAUGUGCUUGUUCAAAUUAAUACCUCUUUGCAAAGGUCUGCUGAUGACAAAACAAGAAAAAGAAAACGAGAUACUAAAAGACAUGAUAAUUGGAAAAAGAAAAGUAUAUUCUUUGAACUUCCAUAUUGGCAGACUUUAUUGUUGAGACAUAAUUUGGAUGUGAUGCCCAUUGAAAAGAAUAUUAGUGAAAGUGUGUUAGGUACAUUGUUGGAUAUUGAAGGGAAAACAAAGGACACCCUGAAAUCUCGAUUGGACUUACAAGAAAUGAAGAUCAAAAAGUCCCUUCAUCCCAUAAAAAGUGGGGAUAAAUACAUACUUCCUCCAGCAAGUUAUACGAUGUCUAAGGCCGAAAGGAUUGAAUUUUGUCAGCUCAUCAAAGAAGUUAAGUUUCCCGAUGCUUACGCUUCUAACAUUAGUCGCUGUAUCAAGGAAGCUAAAAUUUUUGGGCUUAAAAGUCAUGAUCAUCAUGUUCUCUUUCAACGUAUAGUACCACUUAUCAUUAAAGAAAUUUUACCAAAAGAUGCACAUGACCCAUUAAUUGAAUUCUCAUUGUUCUUUAAUGAUUUGUGUUCUAAAGAGUUAUCUAUGGAGAAGCUAGAUCAGCUAGAUAUAAGCAUACGAGUAACACUAUGUAAAUUAGAACGUGUGUUCAUGCCGACGUUCUUUGAUGUUAUGGUUCAUUUGGCAAUUCAUUUGGCAAAUGAGGCAAAGUUGGGUGGUCCUGUUCAAUUUCGAUGGAUGUAUUACAUUGAAAUGUUGUUAAAGGAAAAUGGUGAUAACCGAAUUACUGAAGAAUUACUAAUUUUGGCAAGACCUCCAGAUCCUCGAGUUUUUUGUUAUAGCGGAUAUAUCUUGAAUGGUUCUCGAUUUCGAACAAUGGAAUCUGAGCUAGGUUUGAAAACUCAAAAUAGUGGUGUGGUUGUGAAGAGUGAUGAACAUACAGGAAAUAUUGAUUAUUUUGGAAGGAUAAGAAGAAUUUUAGAGAUCCAAUAUAUGAACAAUAAAUCCGUUAUGUUAUUUCAAUGUGAUUGGUUUGAAGUUCCUCCUCAAGGUCGUAGUCAAAGUAGAGGUUACAAAAAAGAUGAAUAUGGAUUUGUCUGUGUAGAUAUAACACGACUUCAUUACACUAGUGAUCCAUUCAUUCUAGGUUCACAGGCUCAAUCAGUGUAUUAUGUGAAACAUGGUCAAAGUGAAAAAUGGCAUUCAGUGAUAAGGGUAAGACAACGACAUUUGUAUGAUCUUCCCGAACAAAAAGAUGAAAUGGAACAAUAUCAACUGAUUGACUUAGUUGAAAGAGGAGAAACAAUUCAAGAAGUAGAGUUGGAGCAUGAUAACAUCAGAAUAGAAAGAGAAGAUAUUGAUGGAGUGAGUGUUGAAGCACCUCUAAAUAACGAGGAAGAAGCCGACUUAGUAGUUAUAGAUGAUAUUGAUCACGAAAAUGUAGAUGACUUCAGUGAUUCUGAAAUAGAUGAAGAUACUAGUGAAUACAAUGAAGUUGAGGAUGAUGAUUGGUUUUGA